CCCUCCCUCUCUCCCUCCUUCCUUUCUGCAGCCCCCUUCCCUUCCUUCCUUCCUUCCUUCCUUCCUUCCUUCCUUCCUUCCUUCUCUUUCCCAGGUUUCUGUCCGCUGGCCCUGGUGCUGAAGCCACCACCACCAGCACCUCCAUCAUCCACCUUCUUUGCAAGGGCUGAGCAGACCAGCAUCCUCCAGGAGCCAUUGCCAGGGGGCUGGAGGCGUCUCAGAGACGGGAUGAGCGGAGGGGUCUAUGGAGGAGAUGAGGUUGGCGCCCUGGUCUUUGACAUCGGCUCCUUCUCCAUCCGGGCCGGUUAUGCGGGAGAAGACUGCCCUAAGGCAGAUUUCCCGACCACGGUGGGUCUGCUCUCUCAUGAUGAAUCGGCCAUGGAGCUGGAAGGAGACAAGGAGAACAAAUCCGGCAAGGUCUACUACAUCGAUACCAACUCUUUGCACGUUCCCCGGGAGAAUACUGAGGUCAUCUCACCUCUCAAGAAUGGGAUGAUUGAAGAUUGGGGAUGCUUCCAAGCCAUCCUGGACCAUACUUACAACAAGCACAUCAAAUCGGAGCCUAAUUUGCACCCAGUGCUCAUGUCUGAAGCCCCGGUAGGUAUCCAACCAAGUCUUGCUGUCUAG